GAGGGGGAUCAAUGCGGAGGCUCUCAGUCUCGCUCACACACAGCCAAGAUGCAGAGAGCUACCGUCCUUCUCCUCCUGGCCCUUGUGGCUCCAGCCUUUGGGGGGCCCGUGGCCCCUGCGUCCCUCUUCCCCACCCAGGAGAACUUCAACAAGCAGCAGUUCAUGGGGAAGUGGUAUGAGAUUGCCAUGGCAUCCUCCAGCGCCCAUCCUCUUCACAGGGGCGAGAGAUCAAUGAGCACCUGGGAGCUGGAAUCAGGAGACAGCAACGCGGUCAACGUGAUGAUGACUGCCUUCAGGCAUGGGUUGUGUAAGGAAAUGUCUUCCGUCUAUGAGAUGACUGAAACCCCUGGGAGGAUGUCCUAUCACACCAAGCAUGGGACUGUUGUGAACGCGUACGUGGUCCACACAAACUAUGACGAGUACGCCAUCAUAGCCUUGUCACAAGAAAGACAAGGAGAUAACAGGACCAUUUCGUUCAAACUUUUUGGUCGCUCCAUGGAACUGCGCCCCACUCUGAUGACUGAUUUUAGCCAGCUGGUGAAGGAGCAGGGCAUGGGCGAAGACUCUGUUAUUGUCCUACUGAAGAAAGAGAAAUGUACUCCAGGAGACAUUGCGCUAGAGACAGAGUUUCAGAGAGUAAGGAGAAAUGUAGCCCUGCUCACACCUGCUGAGGAAGGCUCAGGAGAUGAUGAUACACCCAUCUUCCGCAAUCCAGACUCCUGUCAGAUGGCCCCCGUCGUGGGCCCCUGUUUCGGGAUGGUCCAGCGCUUCCACUACAACUCCACCCUCAUGGCCUGCCUGCCAUUCUUCUACGGCGGUUGCCUCGGCAACCAGAACAACUUCGUAUCGGAGAAGGAAUGUCUACAGGGCUGCCGCACGGAGGCUGCCUGUAGGCUGCCCAUAGAUGAGGGCUCCUGCACCUUAAACACAGAGCUGUGGGCCUUCAACUCCACUGAGGGCAAGUGCAUCCCCUUCAAGUACGGCGGCUGCAAGGGGAACGGCAACAAGUUCUACAGCCAAAAGGAGUGUGAUGAGUACUGCGGGGUGGUGAAGGACGGAGAUGAAGAAUUGCUCAAGAAAAACUGAAGGAGGUGAGGGAACAGCAAGCUGGGCGAUGAACAAUCUACUGCAGCCGGACAACACAGAGCGACCACAGAGGACACUGAUUCAGGACAGACCAGUACUAGUUGUAACAAGACAUACAUACUCUGAUAUAUGGUAUACUUCCCAUCUGCAGCUUUCAUUUGUUUGUAUUUUUGACCUUCUUCUAUCACCGUGUUAGAAGUUCAACAGGGCACUUUUUGCACGACAUACAAAAGAAUUAUUUUUGAGGCCAUGUUCUGGGAUGUUAGUGUUACACAGAAAGCUAAAUAGGUUCUUGUGCUUAUUUUCCUUCCUGUGAGUAGUUUCCAUGUUGAAAACUUGUAUACUGAGUAUAAAAGUGUGGAUCCUCAUGCAA